AUGAAGUCAUCAUGCGCAUGUCAAGAAGUCAUCGUGAAGUCAUGUUGUAGUCAUGGAGAUCUGAAGAUGACUCCAUCUGAAGUCAUGGAGAUCUGUGGAGUCUACUUGAAGUCGGAACAUCGCCAGCUGGAACAUCAGCAGCUGGAAACUGAUCAGCUGGAACAUCAACAACUAGCACAUCAGCAGCUGGAACAUCUUCAGUUGGAACAUCGCCAGCUGGAACAUCAGCAGCUGGAACCUCAUCAGCUGGAACAUCAACAGCUAGAACAUCAGCAGCUGGAACAUCAGCAGCUGGAACCUCAUCAGCUGGAACAUCAACACUGGAACAUCAGCAGCUGGGAACAUCGCCAGCUGGAACAUCAGCAGCUGGAAACUGAUCAGCUGGAACAUCAACAGUUAGCACAUCAGCAGCUGGAACAUCAGCAGCUGGAACAUCAGCAGCUGGAACAUCAGCAGCUAGACCAUCGGCAGCUGGAACAUCUUCAGUUGGAACAUCUUCAGCUGGAACAUCAACAGCCGGAACAGCACCAGCUGGAACAUCAUCAGCUGGAAACAUCUUCAGCUGGAACAUCAACAGCUAGAAGAUCGGCAGCUAGAACGUCAGCGGCUGGACCACCAACAGCUGAAACAUCGACUUCUGGAACAUCCUGCGGCUGGAACAUCUGCAGCUGGAACAUCGGCAGCUGGAAUACAUCAGCUGGGUCAUCAACAGCUGGAACAUCAGCAGCGGGAACACCAGCAGCUGGAACAUCAGCAGCCAGAACACCGGCAGCUGGAACAUCUGCAGCUGGAACAUCAACAGCCGGAACACCAGCAGCAGAACAACAUCAGCUGGAACAACAUCAGCUGCAACGAUGGCAGCUAGAACGUGAUCAGCUGAAACAUCAGCGGCUGGAACAUCGUCAGCUGGAACCUCAACAGCUAGAGCACCAACAGCUGGAGCAUCAACAGCCGGAGCAUCAACAGCUGGAACAUCAGCUGCUGGAGCAUCAGCAGCUGAAACACCCACAGCCGGAAUAG